GCGGACGUCACGUCAUCAAUGUUGGCGGUAUUUUGAAAAAGGAGUGUCUGUUGUUGUGACCCGCGUCGUGGAGGAAAAACUGUGAAAAAUACUGAAUAUGGCUGACGUGGAGCCGGCAGCAGGGCUGUCAGAGGCCGCUCACAGUGAGCUGCUGGAGCUGUGCGAGGAUCAGUUUGCUCUGCUGGAAAAGAUUCAGAAUGAGCUCAUACUGAGUGAGCCAGAUUUCUGUGAGAGUCCACAAGAGCAGUCAGUAAAUCGACUGAUGACAACAGAAGCUGAACUGAAGCAGUGGCUGACAGUGGAGCCAAAAUUGCUGGCAGCAAAUUCAGAAGUUUUACUUCAAGCUGGGAAAGAGGAGAUGCUCAAGCUGUGCUCUGAACUUGAGAUGGUUGUUUCUUGCUACGAAGCAAAGAGAGACAAACUGAGAGAAACUAAAGAACUUGAACAGAAGUGGCUGGAGGAGAAGAAACAGGCGCUGAUGGCUGCCAAUGAUCAUGUUGAACGACUUCAAAAGGAAAAGGAGAAAUUAUCAGAGCUCAGUGUAUUGCAGGACACCAAAGCGAAAAUCCAGAAAAUGAAGGUCUAUGAGGAAAGGUUGAUGGAAUCUCUGGGAGACAUACUGGAGAAACAUGUCCCUCUCCCUCAGAGUGAAUCCAGUACAAACAAGAAGAAAAAGAUCAUUACCCAGGAGUUAGAUGAAGACCUGAUUUCACUUAAUGAAAUUCUGGAGCUUCUCAUGAACAAGGUCUUGAAUGCACCACACGACCCCUACGUGACAAUAGACAACACAUUCUGGCCACCGUACAUAGAGAUGCUACUUCGCUAUGGUAUUGCAGUGAGGCACCAAGAGAAUAACUUCAAGAUCCGCCUGGAAACAUUUUGUUAAGGCAGCGAUGCAUUAGGCAUCUCAGGCACCUCUUAUCUGCUAAUGUUUCUAAUGUUAGUCUGCUUGUAUAGUGCUAUCAUUAUGUAAAUGUAUGUAAGCUGAUAUGAAGACAUAACUGUGCUGGGAAAGCAUUAAGGCUUGUGAUUUACUGUAUGUGUAUGUCUAUCACAUGUAUGCUUCAUAUAAGUAUUUUUUAGGUUAAGAAUUUUUGUAUGUAAGUAACCAUGGGUCCUUUUUACAAAGCUGAGAACUCACAUUUAAUUUAUGAAAGUAUUACUACUUUUUUUGACAAAGUACUGCCAAUUUCAUGUAAACUCAUAUCAAAUCUGUUGAAAGUCUUUUCUUACUUAUAUAGUUACUUUGAUUCUAUUUUCAUAGAUAUUUUAAUUGGCAAGGAUGAAAAAGCAACCAGCAAUAUAUGUGUUCUUUUAAUUGGUUAUUUUAAAGUUCUUCAUGUUUUUUUAAAAGUUGAUUUCCUGAUGCUUUCACAUGCCCCAGAUGGUGUACUGUAAAUAUGUAGAUUUAGUUAAUUUGUUUGUUUGUAUAUAUUUUUUUGUAAUGUUCAAUAAACUUUGGAACUUUCUGCA